AGUUACAGUUGGAGCGUGUAGAAAGUGUUAUUGGUAUAAAUUACAUUUUUAUUAACCAUAUAAGAGAGUAGUGAAUUGCAGCUUGAGCACGCUAUUCAUAGUUGCUUGUUCAGUGAAAAUUGGUUCCGUUAAAAAAAACAGAAACAACUGAAAUUUAUUAUACGUUUUCCUACCGUUCAUCGAAAUGGAACGCAAACGAUCGUUAAGGCGACGUCAAAAGCCGCCGUUUGCAGAACGAGCCAAGGAUCAUUGCCGGAAUUUCACCGCAUUUAUGUUCAGCAAUGUGGGCAUUAUAUUCCUUGUGGUGCUAUACAUGAUUGCAGGUGCCGUCAUGUUCAUCGCGAUAGAGGGCAACGAGGCACUAGAAAGGUUUGCUCAAAUACCCUUUAAAAGGAAUGAAACAGUAAUGAGGCUGUGGCAAAUAUCUUGCUGUGAGGUGAACGUAUUCAACAAAAGUGUAUUUGAAGAAAAAGUUGGAGAUGAAAUUCGAGCUUAUCAGGAGAAAAUUGUACUAUGGACACGUCGAGGGUGGUCAGGUGGCGAAACGGAAAAUGAAUCCCCUUGGAGUUUUUCCGGGGCAUUUCUUUAUUCACUUACAGUUAUUACCACCAUAGGAUAUGGAAACAUCGUUCCACGAACGGAAUGGGGGAAGAUAGCAACCAUAUUUUAUACAAUCAUUGGAAUGCCACUGUUUUUAUUAUAUCUUUCCAAUAUUGGCGAUAUUUUAGCGAAAUCUUUCAAAUGGAUUUAUGCCAAAUUUUGUCUCUGUCGCGUAUGUCCAGGAGUUGCAAGAAGGCGCGCAAUGCGUGCAAGACGAAGAGCACGCACAGAGGAACGUGACUGUUCGGUGGAUAUUGGAGACAACGGAUUUGAAACCAACACAGUUACCACAUCCAACGUCGAUGAAGAUAUUGAAGAGGAAAUCACUGCCGAAACGAAUACCGUCACCGUUCCAAUAACCAUUUGCAUAAUGAUAAUGAUAGGGUACAUUUUUUUCGGGGCCAGUCUGUUUGCUGAUUGGGAAAAUUGGGAUUUGCUGGACGGAAGUUAUUUCUGUUUUAUAUCACUAAGCAGCAUAGGUUUUGGUGACAUUGUUCCCGGCUUGUCGCUACGAACUAAUAAAAGUGAGACCAAGAUGGAAAUCAGCUUUAUACUGUGUGCAGUAUAUCUACUGCUCGGGAUGGCAUUGAUUGCUAUGUGUUUUAAUCUAAUGCAAGAGCAGGUCAUCUACAAAAUACGAUCCUUGAAAAAAUGUGUCAGAGGAUGCUUUCAAUGUGCUAAACCAGUGCCAGUGCCGACUGAUGAAUCUGAAAGCCAGUAGAUUAAAUAAUUUUAGACCUAAGCUGUUUAAACUAUCAAAGACAAUGAAAAACUUGGUUAAUCGUACCAUGUUAAGACACUUUUUAUGUCAAUCGUACAGUUAGAUGUGUAAUCUAUACAUUUGUGAAAAAUAUGUGAACAUUCCGUUAUUCUUUAAACACAAAAUUAAAAAUUAUGUAAUUUUAAUACAAUAUUAUGAAUUCCAUAAUCAUUCUACCUAAGCACAGCGAUAUUACAUCUUCAAACCACAUCAAACAUUUUUUUUUUUUCAGAAAAACAGAUGUCGGUGUCGUUUUCUAAAUCGACUGCUGUUGAUGUUCCAUUCUAGUGUUGUUGAGGUAUGCCGUCACAAACGCUUAUUAGUUGGUUAAAAACGCCGUUGAAACUUCAUCAUUUUUACUUCCGUUCAGU